AUGACUUCCCCAUCCCCAAACGAGCAUGAAUCCUUAGGCCACAAGAUUAUAUCCGCUAUCACGGGCCACCACCACCACCACUCCGAGACAAAAUCGCCUUCCGAAGUCGCUUCGCAGAAGCAUUCGGCCAGGGCCGAACACGACCGACUCGAAGCUCAAGCCGAUGGCGAGAUCCAAGAUCGAGAACGUCAAGAAGCAAGGGAGGGAGUUCAUCCUUUCCAAGCUCCUGAAGUGGUCGGAGGUCGUCUUGGGUUGGAGGAAAUAGUUCAACAGGCUCAUCACCCGGAGCAGCACUCGAACCAUCAUCAAGGACAUCCCGAUUUGUACGGCGGGACCCAUGUUCCCGAAACGAGCUUGCCUCAAAGGCAUCACGAGACGCAACACACCGCCUUGAGACCGAGCGACCCGAAUGACCCAACCGUCAGUUUCUGCUCAGCCGAAUUCUUGCGACCGAGGUCAGAAUGCCGAACGCUAAUGGCUACUCAUAUUUCCUGAUCUUCACAGGCCAUGGACGGUGCCGUCAGGAACGAUACCUCGGCAGGUGACGAUUACGCAAUUUAG